AUGGUGCUCCGUAGCCAGCCCAUCCUGCUCAGCCACCGCUCCCUGGGAGAGCCGGACAGCGGCGGCCAAUGGCAGGAGCUGCCCCUCGGCUCCUUCCCCGAGCUCCUCAACCUCACCAACUCCACCGACUGCGGCGAGGACAUCCUGCUGUACGGCGACGUGGAGAAAGUUAUCAUCGGCAUCGUGCUGUCCAUCAUCACCGUGUGGACCAUCGCCGGUAACUCGCUGGUCAUCAUCUCGGUCUGCAUCGUCAAGAAGCUGCGGCAGCCCUCCAACUAUCUGGUGGUGUCCCUGGCUGCCGCUGACCUCUCGGUCGCCUUGGCUGUCAUGCCGUUCGUGAUCAUCACCGACUUGGUCGGCGGAGAGUGGCUCUUUGGGAAAGUUUUCUGCAACGUUUUCAUCGCCAUGGAUGUAAUGUGCUGCACAGCGUCGAUCAUGACCCUGUGUGUGAUCAGUGUGGACAGAUACCUGGGAAUAACACGCCCUUUGACAUACCCAGUGAGACAGAAUGGAAGAUCAAUGGCCAAGAUGGUGAUCACCGUUUGGCUCCUUUCAGCAUCCAUAACCCUCCCGCCAUUGUUUGGUUGGGCUAAAAAUGUCACGGUGGACCGGAUGUGUCUCAUCAGCCAAGACUUUGGCUACACUGUCUACUCCACGGGAGUAGCUUUUUAUAUUCCCAUGACGGUCAUGCUGAUUAUGUAUUACCGGAUAUACAAAGCUGCUAAGGUAAGUGCGGAAAAGCACAAGUUCAUGAGUAUCCCCCGUCAAUAUGAGCAGGAUGGAGUCUACAACAUGGAGGAGGACAUUCGAGCCCACCAUGCCACCAAGAGGUUCAAGGCCGCAGAGGAGUGUGCCACCUUAUCUAAGCUCCUCAGGCACGAUCGCAAGAACAUUUCUAUCUUCAAGAGGGAGCAGAAGGCUGCCCGGACCCUGGGGAUCAUUGUUGGAGCCUUCACCUUCUGCUGGCUGCCUUUUUUCCUGCUCUCUGCCGCCCGGCCCUUCAUUUGCGGGAUCGAAUGCAGUUGCAUGCCGCUGAGGUUGGAGAGAACGUUGCUGUGGUUGGGAUACACCAACUCCCUCAUCAACCCACUCAUCUACGCCUUUUUCAACCGAGACCUGAGGACUACUUUCUGGAGCCUGCUGCGUUGCAAGUACAGAAACAUCAACAGGAGGCUUUCAGCUGCGAGCAUGCAUGAGGCACUCAAGGCCACUGAGAGACAUGAUUGCAUAUUGUAA